CCAUUCGUCUGCGACUGCGCGGGUCCGGAACUUGCGUGCGGUGGUGGCUCUCCGGCUUGUAACUCCGGCAACUCCUUGUCUACGGCUUCUGACGGGGUAGCUAAGGGGAAAGCGUCGAGAUGACCGACCGCUACACCAUCCACAGCCAGCUAGAGCACCUGCAGUCCAAGUACAUCGGCACCGGCCACGCCGACACCACCAAAUGGGAGUGGCUCGUGAACCAGCAUCGCGACUCCUACUGCUCCUACAUGGGCCACUUCGACCUUCUCAACUACUUCGCCAUCGCGGAGAAUGAGAGCAAAGCGCGAGUCCGCUUCAACCUGAUGGAGAAGAUGCUGCAGCCUUGUGGGCCUCCGGCUGACAAGCCUGAAGAGAACUGAAGCCGCCUCUGCCUGCCUUCUCUAUGUUGCGGUCUUGCCCUCGUGUGUCCGCCCACAUGGACCGAUUCUCCAUGGCUCCAGCCUCUCUUCCUGUCUUUGUAAAAAGGCGCCUACCUAGGGCGUCCCACGUGACUUGUCUUCCAGUGACCCCUCCAGGACCCCAGAUAUCUGCGACCUUGCAGAGAUCCUAAACCCAGCAAACACUAGGGAAGGCGUUUGUGAUAACGGACUUGGUAGCUCGUGAGGUUUUUUUUGGCCUAGUUGGUUGCCAUUGUUGCUUUUUCCAUAAAAUUUAGAAAACUUCA